AUGUCUCAGAUCAACAUCAGUGACUUGAAACAGCAACCUUGGGAACAAAAUAAAGAUCUAUUCACUCAGGACACAUAUGAACUCCUGGCCCUGACAGUGACCAUAUUCGGAAUUCUGGGAUUUUGCAAUAAUUUACUAGUGCUGAUUCUUUAUUGUAAAUUCCAAAGAUUACGGACUCCUUCUAACCUGCUCCUGGCUAACAUCAGCCUCAGUGAUCUUUUCUUUUCUGUUUUUGGAGCUAGUUUUACUUUUGUGUCCUGCAUGAGAAGGUGGUGGGCCUGGGAGAGUACAGCCUGUAUUUUUGAGGGAUUUAUCAAAAGUCUGUUUGGACUUGUCUCAGUAUUCACAUUCACGGUUCUUGCCUAUGAACGAUAUGGUCGAGUCAUACAUGAUAAGGUCAUCGAUUUUCCAUGGGGCUGGAGAGCAAUUACAUGGGUCUGGAUUUACUCAGCACUCUGGGCCUCAGCACCUCUAAUUGGAUGGAACAGAUAUACCUACGAAAUCCAUGGACUUGAUUGUUCUUUGAAUUGGAUACCAAGUGGGCCCAAAGAGAUAUCCUUUGUAUUAGUUUUCUUUAUUGCUUGCCUUGCUGUUCCAAUGGGCAUUAUGCUUUUCUGCUAUGGACAAAUUCUAUAUGCCAUUCGAAAACUUCGGAGUGUACCAAACCUUCACACUAGUCAAGCAGUCAAAAUUCUAGACUAUGAGAUAUAUGUGGCCAAAAUGUCUUGUUUGGUGAUAUUGGCUUUUCUCUGCUACUGGAUGCCAUAUGCCGUGAUGUCUCUGCUAGCAACAUGUGGUAUUGGCCUGGUGACUCCAACAAACGCCAUGAUACCAUCUUUUCUCGCUAAAUCAAUUGCAGUUUCUAAUCCAGUGAUCUACUUAUUCAUGAGUAAAAAGUUCAGAGAAGGUGUUCAAGUCUUAUGUUGUCACUGUUGGGGAUUCCAGAGGACAUUUCAUGGCAAACCUUUCUAUAGACAUAGAAGACGCAUUCAACCAAUCUGCGUCCCACACAACGGUGGCAACCGAGGCAAAAGAAGAAUUUCUUUUAGUUCUUCCUCCAUAAUAUGUCAUGUAAGCACAAAACAAACUGAAACCCAUCACACAAGUAAAGAUUCAAAAGGCUUUGUCACUAAGGAGAGGCUGUUGGGAAAAGUUACAUUUUCCAGUUGA